AUGAGCCGUGUAAAUGAACAAACUGAUAAUACCGCAACAGUUACUAUUAUUGAAGAACCUAUCGAUCCAACGGUUGCAGUACAACAACUUUCCCUAUCUCCAGAACUGUCACGUGAACCACGUGUGCGCUGGUCUGCAGAUACGAUAGACAAUGAAUUUUUGGGUAGGCAUAAGUCGAAAUGUUGCUGUAUUUACAAGAAGUCGAAGAAAUGGGAUGAAAGUUCUGAUGGCGACAGUGAUUCUGAUUGUGAAACAAAUCAUUGUCGGGGACAUGUUGAAAGACGUUUUCAUCCAUCAAGCAGCGAUGAUGGAGGCAAAUCAGGUCCUUCAUGCUCUACUUGA